AUGUCUGAAAGAACUAUGUCUAUGAAUGCUCAGGCAAUUAAAUUUGAACCACCAGAAUAUUCAGCAGAGGACAUUAAAUGUGAAAUUGAGGAGGAACUUGAUGCCCUUGAUGCUAUUGUUAAAUCUGAAUCGUGUUCUGAGGAUGAUGAAACGAGUUUAGCAAAAUUCAUGACUUCUGAGGUGACAAUUGAAGAUGAAGUCAAACAGGAGUCUUUUGAUUGUGACAUUUGUAAUCAAUCAUUUGCAGAAUCCCAUCAUCUAACAAAGCAUAUGGUCGAUCACAUGCCUAACCAUAGCAAAGAACGCCCUUUUAAAUGCAAAAUCUGUCAUAAGACUUAUACAUUAUCACAAGCAUUGAAAAGACACAUGAAAACACAUUCUGAAGAAGGUCUCUUUAAAUGUGAUGAAUGUGAUAAGACAUUCAGGCAUUCAAGUAAUCUAAAAAUCACAUACUCAUUCACAGUGGCGAGCGUCCCUAUGAAUGCAGUAUAUGCAAGAAGACAUUUGCACAAUCAAAUAAUCUGA